CUAUGGUGUGUCGGCUUAAGAGGUCUCUUUACGGGUUGAAACAAGCACCUCGAGCAUGGUUUGAAAAGUUCUAAGACACCAUUCUUGAUGCAGGCUUUGUCUAGAGUAACAAUGAUCCUUCUCUCUUUCUUCGCAAUACCAGUCGUGGUCUUACAGUGCUUUUAAUUUAUGUUGAUGAUAUGAUCGUAACAGAGAAUGAUCAGCUUGGUAUACAGGAGCUCAAACGGGUGCUACAUUCUGAUUUUAAACUCAAGGAAUUAGGUGACUUAUCUUAUUUUCUGGGAUUAGAAAUACAUCGGUCAGCAGUUGGUCUUCAUGUUUGCCAACGCAAAUACAUUAUUGUUCUGCUGGAGGAAGCACAAAUGGAUGAGUGUGUGCCCUGUGGUACUCCUAUGGAGCAAAAUCUUAAGCUGCGUUCUGGGGAUGGUGACUUGAUUUCUAAUGCCUCAUUGUAUCGCAGUAUAGUGGGUAGCUGGAUAUAUCUUACCCAUACCCGUCCGGAUAUUUCGUAUGCAGUACAGGUGGUGAGCCAGUUCAUGAAUGCACCUCGGUCUCCUCAUUGGGCUACAGUUCAGAGGAUUCUGCGGUAUUUAAAGGGCACUCAAGAUGUGGGUCUUGUGUUUCCUGCGGCAGGUGAGGGAGUGAUGGAGGCCUAUGCUGAUGCAGACUAUGCGGGCUGUUUGGAUACUAGACGAUCUACCUCAGAAUGGUGUGUUAGGCUGGGACACUCAUUUAUAUCAUGGCGCUGUAAGAAGCAGGACAGGGUAUCGAAGUCAUCGACUGAAGCUGAGUAUAGGUCGAUGAGUGAAGUUGCUUCUGAGAUAGUGUGGCUGAAACGGCUUUUAGCCGAGCUUGGAGUGGUUGUUCGUCCACCUAUUCGCUUACAUGUGGAUAAUACGAGUGCUAUUCGUAUUGCGACUAACCCGGUACUUCAUGACAGGACAAAGCAUAUCGAGGUUCACGUUCACUAUAUUCGUCAACUGGUUGCAGAGGGUGAAGUGGAACUCGCUUACAUAACUUCUGAGGAUCAGACUGCAGAUCUGUUGACCAAGGCUGUUGCAUCUGCUUGACAUUGGUUUCUUGCGCACAAAUUAAUGUUGCGACAGCUACAUUAAUUUGAGGGAGGGUGUUAAAGUAGAUGUAUCUAUAUGUAAUUGUCCAAGUACCAAAAUGUAGUUUGCUGGGUUAGGGUUAGUAUAGCUGUAUAUAUAUUAGGUGCAUGGUUGUACAGAAGUUCAACAAUUACAUGAAUAAGAUCGGCCGCCGUUCUCCGUGAACUAGUCCUAACGACAAUCGUUAGAGAAACCACGAUUAAUCCACGUCUUGUAUUCUUCGUGUUUUCGGUUUGAUUGACAGUCAGAAUUGCAUCCCCAAUAAUAGCAGUCAAGAGCGGCUAAAUUCGAUUGGAUUUUAUCUCAUAAGCCACGCAAAUUCGUGAAGAAACCAAAAAUACUGGAAUUUUCUUUUUGCAAUAGGCUAAUCGUGCGUCGUCAUUCAUACAGCCGGAGUGCACUUCCUUAGAUGAACCUGGCCUCGACAUCCAACCACAUGUCUCGAGCCAUCCAACCACAUGUUUUCAACCAGCCUUUUCCCAUUUCAUCGCAUCUCUUCCACUAAUCUUGUAGGGCCCCUUCUUUUGGUUUGGAGAUGAAGCCAUCAACGAAACCGAACUUAUUCUUUACAAUAAGGAAGUUAGUAAUAUCGUCAAGCGACUCACCGUAGUUUAUAGUUCCCCCAACAAAUGAUUGAUUAGGAUUUAGGACUAUAUGAAUUACGAAGAAUGAAGAGCAGCUAGAAAUCAUCACCGCUACUAGCAACGCUCUUCUUUGAAGUCUCCGUUACAAGAUAACUUCCAACUUUUCAUCUUCAAAACUCUUAGUGUCCAAUGAAAACUGUAUAGAGAGCUACUCAAAACUAUGAUACCAUGUGAAAAAUGAAGAACAAAUACAUAAAGUCGAUGAUUUAUGUGGUCUCCUCGUUCGUAAGAACUAAGCACGAGGAUAUUUCACGGAAAACUCACUCUAAGGAGUAUUCAGUUUGAUUUUAUUAGAAUUUAUUGUUCCCUCGUGAAUUGCAGUCGAGCGGCUUGCAAAAAGCAUAUAUAGUAUGACAAUUCAUUUACUUUACAACUAGGAAUUCUAGUAAACUUCCAUAAGCACCACAAAGAAACCAAAAAUGACAUUUAGGGACGAGUCGAACUUGCCCCAUACGUACUCGACUUGUUUCUCCUACAUACUCCAUAAUACAAGGUUUGAAAAAUAUUUCAUAAAUUUAAUAAGAAACUGUAUUCACAUAGAUACUUGAAUACUAGAUAUCUCACAAUAAAAAGCUUUUAUAAUGAUCCUUAGAUGUAAAUUACCUACAAAGAAGGGAUCGACACAAGUUAGUCGAUCUUUAAAAAGAUUUAAUGUAGGUUUGCAUUUAUGGUUCACAUUUAGGCAAGGUUGUCAAAUUAGUUUUUAUCGUUAUACCGAUUUAGUGAGUGAUACGGUUCAACCGUGAUACAACCAUCUUGUAUCUCAAUUUUGAUAAAACAUAUGAGAAAGUGAAAAAUCAUGAAGACCAAAUGAACUGUGCAUUCAUAUAACUAUCUUAAGACAAAAUAUUUACAAUUUCAAUGCAUAUUUAAAUAAAAGACAACGAGUAAUCAUACUUUUUACCGAUUGUGACUAUUGCUUCAUACCAAUGAUCUUCAAGCUGAUUUUUGUCCAACUCCUAUUGAACUCGAUUAUACUAGCCAGCGUAUUGGUAGUUUAACAACCAUGCAUUUUGGUACUCUUGCUGGACUAAUUCGUUUUUUAUUUUUUUUGCAAGACUGCAAGUUAAUUCGAUGAAUCGAUUCCUUUAUUAUCCCAUGCGUAAUCAAUAAAUCAUAUUAUAUUGUUUCCUCCAUUUUCUUUGUGAGGGAAACUCCACCAUCUUUUGGUGCUCCCAUGAUUUUCUGGCUGAAUAAUGGCAUGGAAAUGUA